AUGAGAGAUGAUGACGCUGCAAUGGAGUUUGAAAUUCAUGAACCUUCAAGGCACGGCAAGCCUGGGACAAGUAUCCAAGAUGUCUUCGGCGCCUCUGGCUACGUUCAAAAGAGUAUUUGGCACCGAAUUCCUUGUCCGACGUUCCGCCCCACUGAACGUUUAGAUGGUGUUAUCUGGUACCAAGAGUCCAUCGUAUUCGACCCAUCAACGGUGCGUCUGAUCAGCCGAGACCUGCGAGGAGGCGACAUCAAAGACACGCCUGCCGACGAGAGGUACUCGAUGUCGUCCAAUCACGGACUUGUUAUUGAGGUAGUCGAGGACAGGGACGAGGGAAGUUUCCUUUGCCAGGUUAUUCCUGAAGCUGCCGGUAUGAGGUCGUUCGGGUAUAACUUGCAUCGCUUGGAGAUAGGCUUCUCGCCUUCUCAGGCAUCUUCCACCGCUAGCUUCCAUCGAGGACGCAGACAGACGCUCCUGUGUAAGUGCGCGUCUCAGACACCAGACGCGCCGAUCUCCGUAGUGUAUUGGUCAACGGGAGAAGGCGUCACUACAGAUACACAGAUCAUUGGUGCACGUUUCUCUGAUGGUGCUACCCUGAAGGUUGGACACGGUGCCGAUUACAGCAUUGGUAGCGACGCUUCACUUCGAGUUAACUCCCUGAAUGAUAUACAAGACACACAGAGAUUCUGGUGUCACGUGUUCCAAUCAGAUGGUACUCUCAGAAAUUGCGACAUCGAUGUCCAGAUAUCAGAUCAACAGACACCCAACCACGCCCUCAAGGCAUCCUCGACAUCGUUCUACCUUCUUGAGGGUGGAGAGCAGUCACUUCCAUGCUCGAGCUGGACCCCCGGUGUCGUAAGCUGUGAGGUACAGUGGUUCAAGAUCGACACGUUAGGUCGACACUUUCUACUGUCUAGCAACGACGUCGAUGCUGAAUCGGAGUUCGAACUCGCCAGCGAUUUCGGCCUGAUCGUGAAAUCAGUUAAUGGCGAAGAUGCUGGAAGAUACCAAUGUGAUACAGGCGGAGGAAUCAGUGGAGAUAAUAUUGCAGUUAGAGUGAUAGAUAACAAAUUCCCACUGGACCGAGGAAGGGUGUUUGCAAACUCGACAAUCGACUUCAAAGCUGGGAAAAAUUACAAACUCACUUGCCAAGCGGUAUUGAAUUCAAUUGAGAUCGGCAGCCCUGCAACUGUGUUCUGGUCUUUUGCCGAUCCUGACAAUCAUACGACCACUGUGAUCGGGAGGCGGAUCGUACCAGGCAGGUUCAAAACGAUGUAUGACCUUGUAGGCGACAACUGUUUCUCCAUAUCUCAAGAGGGUGCACUUCUUCUGAACAUGUACUUUCAAGAAGAUGACGUCAGGUACUGGUGUCACGUCUUCCCUGAGAACGAAUUGCUAAUGAGAUCCUACGUGGAUGUCCUAAUCAAAGGUGAGCAUUAA